AUGAAGACUAUCCGCUUCAUCUCCGUGGAGCAGACUGAGGGUUUGUCCAAUCCAAAGGAACAUGAUUGGUGCGUUCUGCAGUUGAUAUCUUGUCGCUGGCACAAAGCGGCGCAAGCCAACGUCAACACCAAAGAAGGGAGCGAAAAAGCAGAAAGUCGCAAAAGGCAAAAGGAAAAUCCUCCUAGUAUUAAAAGUAGACGAGUCAAGAAGACCGUCUCAGAAGAUCAAUUAAUUGUUACUAUCGAUUUCGGCACGACAUACACUAGAGUGAGCCAUGUAUUCUCCGCAGAGUCACCAAGUACGGUGGCCCAGCUUAUGAAUUCGCCAGGAACAUGGGACUACCGGGAGAAGGUCCCUACUAUCAUUGCCGUUGCGGGUGAUCAUGGCAACCGAGAAACACUGUGGGGCGCAGAAGUAAAGACUGGAAUGUCCUCCUCAGCGUGGUUUAAAAUUGGCAUGGCGCCAAAGCUAUGUGCGACCCCUAAAGAUGAUCCAUUAUUGCAACAAGCGGUCGGCAAGGGUUUGAUGCGCAUCCCGGAUGGACACACGCCCCAGUCCCUGUGUAAGGAAUUCCUCAAACAUCUACACGCCCACAUCAUGAAUGCUGUCAACAAGGAAUAUUCAGGCAUAAUCGAAACCACCCCCGUCGACUUUGUGUUUUCGGCCCCGGCCGAAUACGGAAAAGAAUAUACGGGAAAUUUGAAAAAGGCAGCUGAAAGCGCCGGUUUUAGGUCCCGGCUUAAGGACAAAAUCUCGUUUAUUGACGAGCCAGAAGCUGCAGCCCUGUUAGCAUUCGAAUGUUACCUGGAUAAGAAGCAUAGCAAGAAAAAUGUAAUGGUUGUUGAUAUGGGCGGGGGAACUGUGGUAAGGAUAUCUCUUACACUGGGAUAUUGGGAACACAAAAUAAGAGGGGGCCAGGACCUCAUCACUUAUGAAAUCAAAUCCAGGAGUCCACUUAGAGUGACUGAAGCCUGUGCUGGUACCAGCGCAAUGUGUGGUGGAACCACAAUCGAUCGCGAGCUCCACAAGCUCAUGGGGGAAAAGUACGGAAAUGAUUUUCUCGGAAAAUCAGCGAAAAGUAUCAGUCAAGGAAGCGAUUUCAUGAAAGAAUUCGAGGACAUAAAUUGCAGGCUCAAGCGUGAACCAGGCUGCCACUACCGACUUCUUCUUUGGAUGAAUAGAGAGAGCGGGAGUGGGUAUGACGCCGAGACGGGAACCAUAACACUGACGAGCGAGGAGAUUAUAGCGAUGUUUGAUCAAGUAAUCAAACCCUCGAUUGACAAGAUAUCACAACAAAUUUCGCAGUUGAAAAAGCAAAACCAGAAUCCAGUCCAGGUAAGCGAUCGUUCCGCUCAUUUUGAGAAGAAUCAUUUCAGUGACAAGUUUGCGCGAGACAAACAGGCCGUAGUGCUUUGUGGUGGCCUUGGUGGAAACGUACAUGUUUUCAAGAGGAUCCAGCAAUUCUGCAAAUCGGAGCUUGGAGACAAGGCAGUCGUAAUAGUACCGUCUCAGUCCUGGUCGGCAAUAGCCAGGGGUGCGGCUUUGUCUAGAAUGAAGCGUAAGGCGAUGGUAACAAAAACCACGUAUGUCGCUGGAGUUAUGGUAUCUCCCAGCACAGGAAGUUUGUGCCCGGAGAAGACGAUGGACUCGAGACGUUCGAGUGUCCGAUCUAUGAAAAGAGAACCAGAGGCAAUUUGGCAUGGCAUAUCAAACCGGACUCAACAGGGCCAGAUAGUACCGAAGAAGUUUAAAUGGCUGGAGGGGUAUAUUCCGCUGAGCAAUAAAGAGAAAGAUCCACCAGGGACUGUUACUGAGGGGGUCCAGAUUCUCGGUACGAUCCAAUUGGACUUUUCGGAUUAUAUCAAAAGAAGCAGCAGGCAGAAGAAUAAGGUGUUGCAGGUUCAAAUUGGACACAAGUUUACGUAUGAAGACGUAGAAGAAGAGCUAGAGUUGACAACAGAAGGUCAUGAAGGGGCAUAUGACGCAGGAGACUUGGAACUUGAAGAAGAAGAAGAAGUAGGUGACGAUGAUGAGGAUGAUGAAGGGCGUGAAGAGGAAGCCGACGAAGAACUCGAAGAACUCGAAAAAGCUGAGUUGAUGGCCCGGAUGAGCUGCUUGGAUGGUGAGGCCGGAGGAGGCUGCGGGAUGACUCAGCAGCCGGGCAACUUGGCUGGUCAUCGCUGCGGAGGCAAGCAAGCUGGAGAGAAAAAGAGGUAG